AUGGCUAUCCCCGAUCCUACUCCUGAGCCUGCUGCUACCACCGCUGCGUCCUCGCCGCUGUCCAGCGUAUGGACGGUCGCUAGCCUGCUCGGCACGGCACUGACGUCGACGGCGAAGCACUACACGGUCGGCGCUCACGCACCGACAUGGACGCUGAGGACCUCCGUUCUGACAAACAUCAUCCGCCACAAGUCCGGCAUCGACCUCGCUUCGCGGCAGAAGAACCCGCCCAAGACGGCAGACGACAUCCUUCGACUCGUUGUGGAUGGCCGGACGGCAACGGAGAAGAUGCUGGCGAAAGAUGCGGACAAGCUUGAGGACGGUGUCGUCAAAGUCGUUGACAUCGACAUUAAGAAGCGGGAACUUGGGGGGUUGUUGGCCGAGUUGAGCGCGCAGGAAGGCGGGACGCGCAAGUCGAAGGCCGAAUGGGUCGCCCACGCCUCGUUGCUCGACGGGACGAAGCCGCUCAGCGACAAGGUCAUCCUGUCGACGCACGGCGGCGCGCACGUCCGAUGCAGCCCGGCGACGCAUCGAGCCAUGCACACGGAGAUGUCGGGCGCGACGGGGUGUCUCGUAUUCUCCGUCGACUACCGCCUGUCUCCCGAAGUCGUCUUCCCCGCCUCGCUGCUCGACGCCGUGCACGCCUAUUUCUACCUUACCGAAGACCUAAAGAUCCCACCCUCGCAGAUCCUCGUCGAAGGAGACUCGGCAGGAGGCCAUCUCGCCCUCCAGCUCGUCAUGUUCCUUCGCGACGCGGACCUCCCUCAAGUCGGUGGCGGGCUGCUCCUCAGCCCGUGGGUGGACAUGAGCAGUAGCUUUGCGAGCUGGGACGAGAACAGGCUGAUCGACUACCUCGCUUUGGACGACCCGCACGACCCGCUACGCCCCUCGCGCCUCUACCUGACCGGCACCGACUCGUCCAAAGAAGCCUCCUACCGCGACCUCCUCACCCAUCCCUACGUCUCCCCCGCUCUCGCGCCUCUCUCCUCCCUCUCUGCCCUCCCUCCCCUCCUGAUCCAAGGCGCCGUCCUCGAGUGUCUCCGGGACGAAGACACAGUCCUCGCUCGGCGCUUACGGAAGGCAGGGAACGAGGAGGUCACGCAUCAGGUUUGGAUGGAUGGCGUGCAUGUCUUUCAGCUUUUGCAGGCGGAUAGGGCGGGGAAGGAGGCGAUGAAGAGCUUGGCUGAGUGGGUCGAAAGGACGUUCGGGUCAGCGGAGGCGGGAGGGAGGGAGUGGACGCAAAAGCCGCUGGAGUUGCUGAAGGAGGAGCGUGACGCUCGUAUCGCUCGAGCCGGGCCUCUCGCCACGUCGAAGCCUGCCGCACCGCACGGCUUCGAAUGGGAGAAGACGGUAGAGCGGUUGCCAGACGUGGGUGUGAAGGAGGGAGCGAUCGAGGCGGCGAAGCAGGCGGCGGAGGAGGCGAACGCCGUUCCGGACGAGAUGGCGGAGAGCGAGGUGUACAGGCCUCUUCGUGCGUAG